AGGCAGUGGAUUUGCAGGCAGAGAGUCCCAUCUCUGCGUGAAGAGAGGAGCCUGCUGUGUUGUGCUGUGAAUCUCCUUUCCAGAUGCUCAGAGGAGCUGUGCUGCCUUCUAGAGACUAAGAGGGGGUGAUAAUCUGAAAGGAGCACAACAGCCUACGUCACUCACAUGGCAAACUUCACUCUCCCCUUCAGAGCAAGCCAGAAGCUGAUGUAAACCAACUUCUAUUCGUAGCCCAGGUGCCAACUGCUCCAUGGCAUGCAGAGGCUUUGAGUGACCCUUCAGCCCCUGAGGACCAGUGGUGGCAGGUAUCUCAAAUGACAUUGCCGAGCAGACAGCAGCAGCCUUCACCCUGCCAGGUUUCUGCUAAGGCACUUGUAAAACAGGAUCAGGACUAAUGCAACGCAAUUAAAGCAUCAGUGACUUCCUCUUAGGAGACACCUAAAUUUGAGGCCCUUUGGAAUAUUUAUGUUACUUAAAUAUUGAAUCUUGCCAAGAAGGCAGAAAUGACCUUAACCUGUAAUUCCGCCUGUAAUCCUUCUCAUCACACUACCCUGGGAUGUAGGAGUAAGAGCCUCAGCCUCACUUCUGCACCCCAAGAACAAUGCAAAAGGGGUUAAAUUUGACUGAAAUGGUGGCUAUUAACUGUGCUAGAAUGGUAAGAACUUAGGGAUAAAAGCAGGUUUUCUAUUCUGUUUCUGGAUCCUUCUUGUUGAUCCUGGUGCUGCACUUCCAAGACUUUCUUAAGAACUCUUUUCUCCAGCAAAGCCAGGCAAAUGUCGCCUGUAGGACUUUCUGAGAACUGAUCUCAUCACUCUUUUCACCUGAAAAGGGAGUGAAGUGCAUGCAUGAACACUGUCAGCCACUCACCAUGGUCUUCCUCCCUGGAAACUCAUCUGACUGCUCCAACUGCACCCACUCUGUGGGGCCUGUGAACAUUUCCAAGGCCAUUUUGCUUGGUGUUAUUCUAGGGGGAUUAAUCAUUUUUGGGGUUUUGGGUAAUAUCCUGGUUAUCCUCUCUGUAGCCUGCCACAGACAUCUUCAGAGCGUUACCCACUAUUACAUAAUUAACCUGGCAGUAGCUGACCUCCUCUUGACUUCCACUGUCCUGCCCUUCUCAGCCACUAUGGAGAUUUUGGGCUACUGGGCCUUUGGGAGAAUCUUCUGCAACAUCUGGGCAGCCGUUGAUGUCCUUUGCUGCACUGCUUCCAUUAUGAGCCUCUGUAUCAUCUCGAUAGACAGGUACAUCGGAGUGAGCUACCCGCUGAGAUACCCGAGCAUAGUGACAGAGAAGAGAGGCCUCCUGGCUUUACUGUGCGUUUGGGCACUGUCCCUGGUGAUAUCGAUCGGACCUCUUUUUGGCUGGAAGGAGCCAGCUCCGGAAGACGAGACCAUCUGUCAAAUCACCGAAGAGCCAGGCUACGUGCUGUUCUCUGCCCUAGGCUCCUUCUACCUCCCCCUGACUAUUAUCUUGGUGAUGUACUGCCGCGUGUACGUGGUGGCCAAAAGGGAAAACAAAGGGCUCACCUCUGGUCUGAAGACUGAGAGAUCCCGUUCGGAAGAAGUGACCCUACGGAUCCACCGUAAAAACACUCGCGAAACAAGCGGGUCUGCAUCCAACCCCAAGAGCAAGCACCACUUCUCGGUGCGUCUCCUCAAGUUCUCCCGGGAAAAGAAAGCUGCCAAGACCCUGGGAAUAGUUGUGGGAUGCUUCGUUCUGUGCUGGCUCCCAUUUUUUGUAGUCAUGCCUCUUGGUUCUUUCUUUCCUGCAAUCAAACCCCCGGACACGCUUUUUAAAAUAACAUUUUGGCUUGGAUAUUUAAACAGCUGCAUCAACCCCAUAAUCUAUCCGUGCUCAAGUCAAGAGUUUAAGAAAGCGUUCCAAAACGUCCUGAGAGCGCAGUGCCUCCCAAGGAAGCAUGCAGCAAAGAAGCAAUCCCCAAGUUUCAACCUCAACCAUCCUGCUAGCCAAAGCAUGGAAAGCAGCAAAGGUGUGGUCCGUAUCCCUGUCGGCUCGGGCGAAACCUUCUAUAAGAUCUCCAAGUCUGAUGGGGUCUGCGAAUGGAAGAUAUUCUCUGCCGUGCAAAGCAUGCCUACAAAAAACGCAGUUGCUAAGGACAAGUCCAGCUGCACUGCUGCCAAAGUGAAAAGCAAAGGUUUCCUCCAGGAAUGCUGCUGUGCAGGCACCUCAGGGAACGUGGUCCACGAAAAUUGUAAAGUGCCAACCAUUAAAAUCCAUACCAUCUCCCUCAGCGAAAACGGGGAGGAUGUCUAAAGGACUGAACGUGCCUACUAGCGUAGGCUGGCAAACUUGUGGUUCUGCUGACGGGAGGUUGCUCUUUCUAUUGGAAGUUGCUCUCUUCACUGGGAAGUAGAAGUAGAGGCUAUAACAGCUGAAGGGGGUUGGGUGAAAUGAAUAGAGUACCGUAAAACAGUGCCAAGUCUUUUGAGGAGUGGUGUCUUAGUGCUGGGAGCCUGACCAAAGGCCCUAAAAGACAGUGAACGGCUUCAGUGGAUGGUGAGCACCCUAUGCUCUUCCAUAAGACUGGCCCCUGCAAGUGAUUUGCCUGAUAUUUAAAGGCCUUAUUUUUCACACUAUUCCCUUGUUUUAAAGGCCAACUGCUCUGAUUUAGGCGCAAGGAUGGAGAAAGAGCAAACUACAAAGCUCCCAUACUCAUUUCAGCAUGAAUGCUUUCAGACAGCUCCGAGUCUAGAGCCACCUCUGUGACUUUUUAAUAAUAAAAAGAUAAACAUUGAUUUAACAGCCAGGAGAACUGAGGUCGGGAGGCUCAGGUCUUGGGACAGUGUUUACAGAUCUCUGCUUACUUUUUGUUAAGGGACUGUGGACAAGAAUGCGUUCCUACCGUGU